CUCAACACUAAUAUGCAACUGGUAAUCUACAUUAUCGCCAAGUUUUUGUUUUUUUACGGCUUAAGUUAUGGUCCUCUAAUUCAACUAGGAGUGACGUCGUGUACAUCCACGUGCAGAGACGCACUCCAUGACAACACAAACCAUAAUAGGAAGUUCGAGCCCAACUAACUUUAACACAGCAGACAUGUUAGGAAGUUAAAAUAACUGUAUGAGCAAUGCUGCCUACUUCGAUCCUUUCCCCUUCUUUGGUUCCGACCAUAUAAGGAUAUUGGUCUGGUGCAAUGUUGAUUAUAAUUUGGGAGGAACUCCACAUAGCAGAGGCUGCACACCUUACCUGUAUGGUGUGCCGUACUUCUCAGGGAAACGCCUCUGCAUGACAGCUACCCCUCAAUUCUCUCGUCGCUUGCGUGCGACGAAUCUAGUCCAUGUAACGAAUAAAUCAGUCUCACCAACUAUGGAAGUCCAGUCGGUAUCAAGGGCGGGUGAUGUACAAAGGCCAGCUCUUCUUCGCGUGGCACUCGAGCUACGGAGGGAGAUUUAUCGUUACUUGAUCCCGACGAAGCGAAUAAUAGAUGUACACAAUCCUCGGUUCCCUUACAUGUUCUCGAAUAGAGAAAGUCCAGGACUGGAUUCCCAGGGCUUAGAUAUGGUCGAUGAUAUCUCCGAUUUGGGAAGUUCUCCUGCAGAGCACAGCGAAACCGUACACUCAGACAUAGGAACGCCAGACGAUGAUCCGUUUCCAUUGAAAACGGAGGGUGACGAUUUCGAAUCUGGACUACCUAAAAUGAAUCAAAAGAAAGACGUCACGGGUUUGGAUGACAGUGCAAACGCAGCAUACGAAAUGGAAUCGGACGAAAUUACCCCAUCUUGGGGUAUCGACAAAAAGAGGAAUUGCAUUCUUCUGGUGUGCAAACAAAUCUCCGAUGAAGCAUUGGAUGUUAUGUAUGGAGAGAAUGUCUUUAGGCAUUGUCUCCAUAUCGAGGGCGACGUUCCGCUCAAGCUCAACUUUACCGACAGAAACCGACGUCGAAUGCGAAUGUUGCUCCUUACAGCAGAACACGGGAGCUGAGUCGGGGAGAUUGUCCCCGAUGUUCAGAAGUGGUCUUCUAUGAUCCCAAAGUUGAAUGUUUUACGCCUUGUCGCGAAGCAGCCUGAACAAGCGACAUACUGGAAUGCUGCUCCACUUGAGAAGGAAAUGGAGAUCUGGUUCAAGUUCCUGCGAGCUUACCUGAAAUGCUUUCAUGAUUUGAUGAAAGGCAAGUUAUUGGAAGUGGAUUUUGACGGGAAAACAGAGACAGGGGAUGUGGUGAAGGAAUGUAUGUUAGAUGGGUAUCGUGAGGUUCGAUGCAAACACUCUGGCGAUCUCAUAUUUCGGAGAGGUCCGUACUCGUACGAAUCAGGGUACUGGGAUGACGAUGACCAUGGCUUUGGCUCUUGGGAUGCAUAGUCUUGGGACGAGAGCUAGAGAAUUUUAUACGAACAAUCUUUGGCUUUUUGUCCUUUAUUCUGAACUAACCUUGACCCCUGGCAAGCGCUGCCCCACGAGGAAUCAACGUUUACUUGUUUCGAG